AUGGUGUCCCACGCGCUACAUGGAGACCCUUUCGCUUUGAGGGUGUUUCAGUUCCUCACUGUCGUUGCGUCCUCUACCUUCUUCGCCAUUGCCACGAUCGUUAACUCGUUCUCUGGUGCCCAAGAACCGAAGGACGGAAACGUGCGCAAGUUUCGAUUCGGCUUAGCUUGUAUCGCUGCCUCACUUUCUUCUGCAGAAGCAGUGAUCGACCUGAAGAGAUCCGACGCGUACCAAAUCUCCGACCCGGACGCAGUGUAUGCGCUCUUCCUCACUUUGAUCUGGGUCGUCCUCCUACUUAGCCUUACUGGAGCUCCCACCACCCCGUCAUAUCCUCAUAUUGGAACUUGGACGAUUCUUCUCGUCUGCCAAGGCACGGUCUUUGCAGUCUCGCUUCCUGGUACACCCUUCGAGGACAAGGAGCUGUUGGCACGGUGCGUUCUGCAAGGGCUCCAACUAGCACUUGAGAUUGGACUUCUCGGAGACAGUCUCCUUACCCGGUUCGUUCAAGGAAAGAAAAAGAUAGGAAAUGAGGAUGAAACGCGACCGCUUCUGGGCAAUGAAUCAUCUCCGAACAGCUUACAAAGUGAGGCUCAAGAACCCGACGAAGCAGACAGACUGCGCAUUCGAAACAGGCCAUUCUGGCAGUACCUUGCCUCUUUCAAGCUCUUUGUGCCAUACAUGUACCCAAAGUCUUCAAAACUGCAGCUUUACUUUGGCGGAAUGUGCAUCAUCAAUGCUUUGACAAGGGUCAUCACAAUUGCUCUCCCUCUCAGUCUCGGCAUGGUCAUCAAUGGUCUUGGAGAAACAAUCCCCUGGAAAGCCAUUGCCCUCUACGUGCUGCUCGGAUUCAUACUGUCACACGCAGGCUUCCCGCUCCUUGAGACCUGGCUAUCUUGGCGGGUAAGAACCGACCUGGUAGUCGCCUUACAGCGACAUUGCUACAGUCACAUCAUGGAUCUGUCAGCCGAUUUCCACGAUUCCAAGAGAUCCUCAAUCAUCUGGCAGACGACCCACCAGGGUGAAGAUGUGAUUGACUUGCUUCAUGACAUUAUGUUUCAAUUCUUGCCGAUGAUAAUCGACUUGGCUUCGGCAGCCGUGGUCCUGACAUAUCUCUUUGGGCUUUACAUGACCUUCAUCAUUGCAUCAAUGGUGGUCCUAUUCUACUGGCUGACCUUCACAGUGCUUGUUAGAAAGAGAUCUAUGUGUCGGUCUUGUCUCGAUGCGUUUCACGAGCAGUAUUACCAGAUGAGCGAGUCCACGCAGAAUUGGUUCACAGUAUGCCAAUUCGGACGCAUCCCCUAUGAGACUCAGAAGUAUAGGGAGAAAGGCGACGUUACUCGGAACAGAAUGCUCCUUUGGUGGUCCUAUGAGGUUUGGACUCGGGGCUUGCGGCACCUGGUACCGUGCAUCAGCUUCGUUGCCGCAUGCAGUGUGGCCGCCUUACAGAUCGCACAUGAUCAACAUAAAAUUGGUGAUUUUGUGGUCUUGAUCACAUACUGGGCACAACUUACGGGACCACUAGCUACUUUGGCAGGCGAAUUGUCAAAAGUAGCUGAAAAGCUAGUCAACGCCGAGAAGCUUCUGGCGAUACUGGAACAGCAGCCACGCAUUCAAGACUUGCCAGAUGCUCGACCAUUCGUCUUUUUAGAAGGUGCUGUCGAAUUCGAGAAUGUUUCUUUCUCAUAUGAUGGCAAACGACAAGUGGCCAAAGGAAUGACCUUCCGGGCAGCUCCCGGUAAGACUGUGGCCCUAGUUGGAGAGACGGGAGGUGGUAAGAGUACCAUAUUGAAGCUCCUUUUCCGGUUCUACGACGUUGACCAAGGCCGCAUCUUGAUCGAUGGCCAAGAUAUCAGACGCAUCAAAAUGGAAACCUUCCGCAAACACAUUGCCAUGGUUCCUCAGAAUCCUGUCGUAUUCAACAUGUCAGUGCUGGAGAACGUCAGAUACCCUGAUAUUGAUUGUACGGACGAAGAGGUCAUUGAAGCUUGUAAGGCAGCAGCACUACACGACAAAAUUAUGUCGUUUACGCAUGGCUAUCGAGAAAAGGUGGGCGAGCGCGGCACCAAGCUCUCAGGUGGCGAGCUUCAGCGACUUGCAAUUGCACGAGCGAUCCUCAAAAAAGCGGAUAUUUUGCUUCUGGAUGAAGCCACUAGCAGCGUCGACAGUAUCACGGAGCAGAAGAUUCAGAGCAGUAUUCGCCAACUAUGUGCAGGGAAGACCGCUUUUGUGAUUGCGCACCGUCUGUCUACGGUCAUGCAUGCCGAUCAUCUUCUCGUCAUUGAAGAUGGCCGUAUUGUUGAGUCUGGCACCCAUGACGCUUUGAUCAAGCAGAGCGGUGCUUACAAUAAGCUCUGGCAUAGCCAACUGCGCCUGCAGGCGGAGGAGAGAGAAUCGAGGUCCCGGUCUAGCUCGCCACAAAAGAAGGAUGCACUGGUCCUGAUCAACGAUAUGAGUGCUGGUGAGCAAGAGACCCAAACGCUGGUCAAAAACACAAGCAGAGGGAGCAAAGACGACGACACAGAGCGCAAAGAUCCUGAGUCCACCAGCAAUAUACCAACCAUUCACGGCCACCAGCAUCGAAGCCAUCAGGCAUCGCAUAAUGCUGCAGACUCACGAGAUAGACUGAACGCCAAACGCUUUGCGCGUGCGCUGGGAAGGAGACUGUCGCGCUCAAAGUCGCCGGGAAAGAGUGGUUCGUCAGAGUCAGGUCUGAAUCCGGACGCUCGAACAUUCAGGCCUCGGCAACUCCAGGAUGGCAACCACAGCACAGAUUUCUCAGCUCCACAGUCGCGGACUACGACUGGAAGUCAUCUAGGCAAUUCUGUGGAUGGACUUUCAGAGCAGGCCAGACCUGAGGCGACCCUGUCCAACCGGGAGAAUACAAUUAAGUGGUCCGCAGUGAAAAGUAUGUGGGAUUCACCUGGCCUCGUUCUGGACCGGCGGUCACCCUUGGUCUUUCCAUUGAAGCGAAAGUGGGCUGGGCAAGGUCGCGAGGCAUUGGAAGGAAGCGGGGACGCUUCUGUUGAUAGCACAGGAGAAACACACGUGCAGAGCGACGGUGUCAGAGCCGAGAGCCCCGAGCGCAACAUUGAUCGACCGGAAGUGGACGAGACCAGAAUUCUACCGGGAAACGGUCGCCGGCGGCUGACUGCAAGCGAGCCCUUUCCACACAGCAUCGAUGACGAGGAAGAGUCGGACGACUCAUCAGCAGAGGUCAAUGUUCUGCAGUCGUCAAGAUAUUCGAGGCUGCCACAAUCAUCAUGCCGAAGAAGUGUGUCAGCUCUGGAAAAUGAGACGGGACAGUCCAACGAAGAGGAAAUGACUCAUGGUGACGAGGCUGGAGCAUCAGUUGACAGCGGAGCGAUGAGCCCAGGUGUUCCUACUCCAACCUCGCACUUGAAAGUUCCUGCCAACUCCCCUGCGUAG